GCAGUGCGAACGAGGGGGCGGGGUUACAAAUACUAACUGUGACACGAUUUUGUUUGGGCCCUGUUGUAUAUACGUGAACCUGUUUAACAUGAGAGCUCUGGCCGAGUUUGAUGCCGAUGAGACUACCUGUGUCAAGAAAACUCUGAUCACGGCUGACUUCCCCUCACCUGGGCUACAUUUUACCUGGUUCAGAAUCAUCAUGAAAACAAACGUUACUUUUAAAGACGUAGUAAUUAGCAUGGUCAAUGUGUCGGGAGGGUCAGAAGACUUUGAAAACUUCCGCGUCCAAUUGGUCAGCAGUACCACAGCAGACGUCAGCUGCCUCGCCAUCCACACACACAUCACCAGACUGUUGCUUAGGAGCACCCAGCCUCUUGAUGUCUGCUCUAUUUACUUUGCUUCAGGUCACAAUAUAAAUUUCCGCGAGACCAGGACGAUACAAGGCACCGAGUUAUCGAAUAACGUCUUCGACGACCUAUCGCGAACGUGCGAUACCUUAACGACAGCGAAAAAAUUCGACGUUACCCUGGACUCAGUCUAUGAAAUUUUAUCUUUGUCGGUAACAUCAAGUAACGUUCAGACGAUCAUUUGGAUGUAUGACAAAGAUGGCACCCUCGUUAGGAAAGUAACCAACGUGAAAAGCGCGGAAUAUAUUAAUAUGUAUGAUAGUAGCAGUACCAGCAUUAAAAAAUUAACGGUCCAAAUUACGAGAACUUUAAACAACGCCGAAGCAACGUUGUGUCAUCUUGCUCUGUCCGGAGAAUGUUCCCCUCCUCGUUACGGAAAAUUUUGUGAAAAUGUUUGCAGACGUCAGUGCUACCAGCGCCGUUGCUAUUCGGACGGUCACUGUGUUCAUUGUCCAGCGGGUAGAACCGGCCAGCACUGUGAGACAGUUGACGAGAGUAGUUAUCUUCUGGACACCUCAACCGAUUUAGACCAGCCGACCAACACCAGACCGACCUCGGCAGACACCUUUCAACAAUUGGUGUCUGAGAACUUUGACCUCCUGGCCGUGCUGACGUUGGUCCUAGGGGUGUUGCUGUGUGUUAUCGUCAUCAUCAUCGUCAUCUGCUUGUACCCGGCGCACAUCGUAGAGGUCAUAGGUAACGACCAACUAGAGGAAUAUAUGAGACUACGGGAAGCCGACGAAGAGGACGACACCACCGACAGCAACUCAUCAAACUUCGGCUCAGAGAGCGGAUUCACUGGCGCUACCUCCCUCAGCCAGUUCACCCUCCAGUCCAACUUCACCGAGGCUACCUCCAUCUCUAGCCUCUCCUCCAUCAGAAUGAUGUAAAUAAAAGACGCGAUUUG